AUGGCGGAGGGCGGCCAGCCCCCGCAGCAGCAGCAGCAGCAGCCACCACCACAGCCGCAGCUCUUGGCCGGCGGCGCCGGCGGCGGGGGGGCCGCCCGGGGCGUGAAGCGGGAGCCGGAGCUGGAGCAGCCCAUGCCCGGUGGGGACGGCGCCGAGGGCGGCCACAGCAAGCGGCUGCGGACGGAGGCGGAGGCCGACGGCGGCGGCAUGCAGAAUGAGCCUCUGACUUCAGGUUAUCAUGGAUACCCAGCAAGAGACAAUCAAGGUAACCAGGAGCCAGCAGCAACUCCUGAUGCAAUGGUGCAGCCAUUCACCACAAUCCCAUUUCCGCCACCCCCACAGAACGGGAUUCCCACAGAGUAUGGGGUGCCACACACUCAGGACUAUGCAGGCCAGACCAGCGAGCACAAUCUGACGCUCUACGGAAGCACGCAGCCGCAUGGAGAGCAGAGCACGAAUACAGCCAGCACGCAGAACGGAUCUCUUGCACAGACAGAAGGAGGGGCACAGACAGAUGGACAGCAAUCACAGACACAGAGCAGUGAGAAUACAGAGAGCAAAUCCACUCCAAAACGACUUCAUGUGUCUAACAUUCCCUUCCGCUUUCGAGAUCCCGACCUUCGGCAGAUGUUUGGGCAAUUUGGCAAAAUCCUUGAUGUAGAGAUAAUCUUUAAUGAGCGUGGCUCGAAGGGAUUCGGGUUCGUAACUUUCGAGAAUAGUGCUGAUGCAGACAGGGCCAGGGAGAAAUUACACGGCACCGUGGUAGAGGGCCGUAAAAUCGAGGUUAACAACGCCACUGCGCGAGUGAUGACCAAUAAGAAGAUGGUCACACCUUACGCAAAUGGUUGGAAGUUGAGUCCUGUGGUUGGAGCGGUGUACGGCCCUGAGUUAUAUGCAGCGUCCAGCUUUCAAGCAGAUGUCUCGCUGGGCAAUGACGCCGCAGUGCCCCUGUCAGGAAGGGGGGGUAUUAACACUUACAUUCCUUUAAUCAUUCCAGGCUUCCCCUAUCCAACUGCAGCCACCACAGCAGCCGCGUUUCGGGGAGCCCAUCUGAGGGGCCGAGGAAGGACAGUGUAUGGGGCAGUCCGGGCGGUACCUCCCACAGCCAUCCCUGCCUACCCAGGAAUAGUCUUACAGGAACCAAUCAUUAGCGCUAAAAUACCUCAGUUGACUGAAGAAAUGUUAACAUCCCGCUCUAAAUCUCUCAGUGGAGUCUCUGUUCCCUUCUCUGAUAUAACAGAUGGGGUGGAUAUGCAGCCUACAGAUAUGCACAGCCUGCUACUGCAACAGCAGCCACAGCUGCUGCAGCCGCUGCAGCAGCUUACAGCGAUGGUUAUGGCAGGGUGUACACAGCAGAUCCUUACCAUGCCCUUGCCCCUGCCGCUAGCUACGGAGUUGGCGCUGUGGCGAGUUUAUACCGAGGUGGCUACAGCCGAUUUGCCCCCUACUGAAGUGACGUGAGCCCCCUGCAAGUGGGACAGCCCCCCCAGUUCAUGAGGCCUGGCUAUUGCAAUAUUUACUAGUAGAGGAACUCUAUAGCAAGACGAGGAGGAAAAACAAAAAAAACAAAAGAGAAAAUACUUUUUUAUACCUCACUAUGUUCUUUGAAUAUGUAUUUUUUUUUUCCUUUAAAUUUCUGCCUUUAAUUCUUUUGUUCCAAAGAUUGUGCAUUUUUUUUGUUUUUGUUUUCGUUUUUGGGAUUUUUUUAACUGUGGUAAAAAUAAUGCAUUUCCGUGUCUGUAUGUUGGUGCAUAGCUUAUCCUACCAAUCACGGAAAAGGCGAUUAGCGAUAUGGAAAGCUGUUAGAAACUGGUAUCAUGCAAUUAAUCAGGAACACGCAGACAGAGUUACUUCCCUGGGUCUGGUGCUUGGUGCCUGUAAGACAGGAGGACGUGAGGGAGAAGUCUCCACCUGCCGUGUUUCUGGUCUGCAGAAGGAAGCACUCUUUGACUAUGGCUGGGACCUAAAUGCUGGUGGGAAAUAGUCAUUUACAUUUUGAAAUGGGGGAAAUGCAGAGACUUUCCUCAUUUUUGUCACCAUCUGACGCGCACAGGUUUGGGACAGUUUCAGCAGUGUCAGGAUUUUAGACUUGGCAAGAGAAGAUUUCCUCAACCUGCCCAAAGACUUUGGCUGUGAUCUGCUGUAUGGGGGACAAGACUUUGAAAGGAGUUUUUGAUGAGGAUGAUCUUCCCUCCCCACACAACUUAUUCUAGCUGAUUGUUGUCCAUUGCUGGUGGCUGUAAUUAUCUUAGUUUUCCUUCCUCCUUUUCAAGAUCUUUCUCCCUCGCUGUCCCUUUCCUCCCCUUCUUACCUCGAGGAGUGACAGAUGCAAUGCAGCAUCACACAGAGUACCUGUUGCGGACAGCAAGCGCUUAAAUUUGCGGAGGUGAAGCGCGUGCAGCCUUGCAGAGGAAGAAAGCUAGCAGAAGAACCGUGCAUCCGUGCUGUGCUCAGGCGCUCUGAGGUCCAGCGUGCAAGGUCUCUCCUCCUGUUCAUCCUGAGCUGCUUAGGUGCUUCUGCAAGUAAUCUGUUUCAAAUAAGAUGAGUGCGGAAAAACAAGUCAUGUAUAAGCUGCUUGAGGCGAGGGGCAAGCACGUGGGUUUGUGUGGGGGAAGAGGGUCUUUUAUAUCUAAACAAGAUCCUGAAGUAGUUUUGUAGUUUAAGGGGAGGCAGAAGCAGUUUGUGCAAGCUCUGAAUUCAUAGGAACUUCCCACCAUGAGCUAUUUCAGGCCCUUACAUAGUUGCAUUGGAGCCCCUGGGUCUGUUUUGCCCAGCCUUGCAUAGAAAGUUGUGCACCUGGUCUGCUGAGUCCGUAUAGACACUACAUAUUAGAAGAUUUGGAAGCAGAGAGACUAUUUAUGGGAGGGCUCCACAACUCCCAAGACUAUCUCCCUUCUGCUCUCACAUACGGUGAUUUCGCUGUGUUUCAAAGUCAGCAUUUUUAAAUGACUCUGAGCUGUGCUGUGAUGGGGAGUUGCUGCUUUCCAGACCUCCCCGCUCAGCUGCUGGCUCCUAGAGCGCUCCCAGUAACCCCAGUGAUCAGAGGCAGGGUCUCUAACCACAUGGUAGAGAAAUGCAGAAGCGCAGUUUUAUUAGGCUGCCUCAACUCCCUUGAUUGGUACUGGAGUGAGCUCACCGCCCCCAGAAGGGCUGCUUGGAGCGUGGGUUUGUUGGUGGGGCCUCUCCAACUUCUGUUGUACACUUGCUUCUCCAUCCACCGCUGAUACCAGAAUAGGAAAACCUCCUGCAUUUAACACUAAGCAAUGUCAACAAGCAGAGCUCCUGGGGAGGUGUCCUGGCCCAGCCACGCACAACCACACAUUUUGUUUUGCUCUUCCCCAGGGAUACACGUAGCCUCUCUGCGUGCAGCAGAGAGGAAGCACCUCAAAUGAGAAGGAUGGGGAAGCCAUUAGUUAAGCUAGAGACCCUGAAGCUAUUGAUUCUCUGGAGGAAUAGCUAGAUAAAAGGGACACCAAACUGCCAGCCUGUUGGCCACUUUUUAUUUUUUUUUCCUGGUUUUAUUGUUGGUUUUUAACUUUUUUUUUUCCAAGCCAAAGUUUGGUUUGUUGCUGUUAUGACAAUUUUUUUGUUGUUUGUAUAUAAAUAUUUUAGUUAGCUUGAAA